AUGUCCUUUACCUCCAACUUUUGGACCCCCGAUUACGUUGGCGGUCUAGAUGCUUUGUUCAAAAAACUUGUUCAAGGCUGCAGUGAAAACGAAGAAAUUCUAGCUUUAGCAAACGCCCGUGCCGAAGCAGAGUAUGCCUAUGGUUCUAGACUAAACGAGAUUCCAGUCUCUCUUGCACCACGAAAAGAUGGCUUUGGAGCUGAUGAAGGUGCUAGUCUUCGCCGGUCUUACGAAGGAAUUAUCAAGGAAAUGGGUGAAGAAGGCCAGCAUCACGUUCAAGUGGCUGAAAAUAUCCGUAAAAUGGUGAUUCAGCCUUUUGGUAAAUGGGCCGCAGAGCACAAGGAACGUGUUGAUUUUUCUUACGAUUUUCUUAAGGGUAAAGUUAAAUCGUAUGAGAAGGAGGGUCAAGAAGUUCAAAAAAUUCAAAACCGCUACUUUAAUAAGUGCCGAUUAUACGACGAUGCUAAACAAGAAGAAGAAACUAAACUCCUUGAAGAGCAAGCCAAAAAGGAGCAUCUCGAUUCGCAAGGGGCUUUGUCUACUUCUGAGGCCGAUCCUCCUAUCCCUCCUGAAUCAGCUCCUUUGGCAUCAUCAUCUUCUUCGGCUACUAUUUCGGCAACUACCCCAGUAGAAACCCCAGCUAGCUCCGCUGAAGAGGAUGAUGAAGAAGAAAUAGAGCUUGCUGACGUUCCUUACACUCGUGUCAUGAUUAGAAAGCUUCUCUCUAAUAUGCUGGCAGAAAUUCCUCAAAAAAAUAUUAAGAUUUCUAUUCUCGGCACUUACGAUCACAUCUCGACCGGUUCAGAGAUUGUCACUUGGCUCACCGCAAAUGUCACAAGUGGAUCUAUCCCUGUUGCCGAAAAACUUGGUCAGGACCUAAUUCAAAAUGGAUUUCUCCGUCUUGUUGGUCAGGUCGGAAACAAAUUUGCCAAUUCCUCUGUAUUUAACUACCAGUGGAAGCGCUUAGCCUUCACUCGUGCAGGUCUUGAACAAGAGCAAAAGAGUGGAAACGAUCUCAUUUCCUCUAUGGCCGGGGAGUAUUUACCUGGGGCUAUUUCAAACUACCUUUCCAACCCUAAUCCUAACGAAACUCCUAUUGAAAAGCUUGCGCGUGAAGUUAAGGAGCUUGAUCAAAAGACUUACGAAGCCAUUACCAAAUAUGAUACAACAAGAACUACAUUGGAGGAGACAAUUAUUCGACAUCUGAGCUACAUGGAAAGGUGUGAGAAUGAUCGUUUGAAAGCCAUCAAGGUUGUUUUGCUGGAUUUCACAGCUGCUAUCUCGAAUAAAGUGGCAGGUCUUAAAGCUACUCUUGAAAAGUGUCUUCUUUAUCAAGAAUCAAUUGUACCUGAACGUGAUAUACGUUAUCUUAUUGAGGAAAAUAAGACUGGGUUUUUUGUCCCUAAGGUCACAGUUUAUGACAACUACUACAAUCCUGAUGAAGGGUGGACAUUUGGUGGCGACAUUGAGAUGCGCGCUCGUGGUGAUGGCAAAAGAGUGCCUCUUAUUGUUUCCGCAAUUUUGCGUCACUUGGAUGACCAAUACCCAUUGCUUCAAAAUGAUGAAGUACGUCUUGGUGUUUGGACAGUAGAGGUACCUCUCGAAGAAACUCAUAAACUUCGCAAGGCUUUGAACAAUGGUCUCUCAAUUGACUCUGAAACUUUGAGUAAAUUCAAGGCGCCUAUUGUUGCAAGCGCACUUAAGCUUUAUCUUUUAGAAUUACCUGAUUCGCUGGUUCCCAGUAAAUCGUACGAGUUAAUUAAGGCCAUUUACAAUGAACAAGGUGGGGUCGAACAUCAAGCUGCGCGAUUCAAGGAAAUCCAAGCAUUACUGCAGCCUCUUAAGCUCUCAAGCAUUGCGACAAUUGACGCUAUUUCUAAGCAUUUGGAGCGUUUGAUGAAGAUUGCAAAACCUUCUGAAGAGUAUCGUGUUUCUUUGGGCCAGGAACUGAGCUUUUUGUUCUUGCGCCCCAAGACGCAAAACUUGGUCACAAUGAGCGAUCGUCAUGGAUACUUUCUUGCGCGCGACUUUUUAGAAAACCGCAAUGCCAUCUUUGACGAGCUCAAACGCAAAAACUCUGCCGCUUCACGCCGUACCUCGACAUUUAGCAGCAGUACCUCAUCGUCUGCUGGCUCAUCAAAGUCUCUCCAACGUUCUGUUCCAGUUUCCGGACGUCAUCAGCAACAGAUGUCAAGCUCUUUAUCUCCACAUGCAGAUUCUCAUGCCGCCACUAACUCUUUAAAUAGCAGCUAUCGAUUUGACGAGAAUACUUCGUUCCACGUUAGACCACUUAAUAAUGCUGGAUCUGAAGAAACUACUGGUACUAGUCGCUUCCAAUUCCAGACUACCGCUGCCACAAGUGGAUCUGGAAAUUCAGCUGUCCCAAAUGGUGUUGAAGUAAUUGAAGUGGAUGAUGAUGACGAGGUUCAAGUUGUGAACCCUCCCUCUUAG